UAUGUCAUUUAUUCUUAACCUCAAAACUUAACAUUCCUAACCCUCUUGAUGUAAACAGUAAACAUUUCUCAGUUCACGUGCUAUCAAAAGUAUUCGGUGAAAGAAUUAAAAUGGUUCGUAAGAAAAUUGACAACAGAAUUCGACUUCUGAUAGAAAAUGGGGUGAAGCUACAACAUCGUACCCUUUUUGUCCUAGUUGGUGACAAGGGCAGAGAUCAAGUGGUUAUUCUACAUCAUAUGUUAUCGAAAGCUGAAGUGAAGGAGAGGCCGUCUGUCCUAUGGUGUUAUAAAAAAGAGUUAGGCUUCAGCAGCAAUAGGAAGAAGCGAAUGAAACAUUUGCAACACAAGAUUAAAGGCGGAAAAUUGAACGUAGACGAGGAUAACCCUUUCGAAUUUUUUAUAUCGUCGACAAAGAUCAGAUACUGUUAUUAUGCGGAAACACAUAAGAUACUUGGAAACACAUACGGCAUGUGUGUUCUUCAAGAUUUCGAGGCAUUAACACCAAAUCUACUAGCAAGAACUAUCGAAACUGUUGAAGGAGGUGGUUUGAUUGUGAUUUUACUCCGUUCUCUAAAUUCCCUUAAGCAACUGUAUACAAUGGCAAUGGAUGUCCAUCAAAGAUUCAGAACUGAGGCACAUACAGAUGUAGUUUGCAGGUUCAAUGAAAGAUUUUUGUUGAGUUUAGCUUCAUGCAAAAGAUGUUUGGUGGUUGAUGAUCAGCUUGCAGUCCUACCCAUAUCGUCUCACAACCUACAAGUGAAACCAGUGGAAGCAAAUACAGAACCAUCUGAAAACGAGAUACAAUUGAGAGAAUUGAAAACGGAGCUUAGCGAUACCCAGCCCGUUGGUAACCUAGUCAAAUGCUGCAAAACCUUAGACCAGGCCAAAGCCUUAUUGAAAUUCAUCGAAGCAAUAUCAGAAAAAACACUGAGAUCGACAGUGUCUCUCACCGCGGCUAGAGGUCGUGGAAAGUCGGCGGCCUUAGGUUUGGCUGUCGCAGCUGCGGUUGGUUUCAGUUACUCGAAUAUUUUUGUAACGAGUCCUAGUCCAGAGAAUUUGAAUACAUUUUUCGAGUUCGUUUUCAAAGGGUUUGACGCCAUGGAUUACCAAGAACAUAUUGAUUAUGAACUGGUGCAGUCUACCAACCCCGAAUUCAAUAAGGCAAUAGUUAGGGUUAAUGUUCAUAGGGCUCAUAGGCAAACUAUUCAGUAUAUACAUCCAACUGAUAGCCAAAAAUUAUCCCAAGCUGAGCUUUUAGUUAUUGAUGAAGCAGCUGCUAUCCCUCUGCCUUACGUUAAGGAGAUGUUGGGGCCAUAUUUGGUUUUCUUGGCAUCUACCAUAAACGGCUACGAAGGAACAGGAAGAUCGCUUUCAUUAAAAUUACUGCAGCAACUCAGAACACAAUCUGUACCAGCAGGAGCUAAUACGAAUGCUGUGAAUAAAAAAGAUUGGAGUGCAGCAAUGGGAAGAACUUUACAUGAGGUUACUUUAGAUGAAUCUAUAAGGUACGCUGUAGGGGACGAUGUGGAAGCUUGGUUAACAAAACUCCUUUGUUUAGAUUCCACCUCUGUGACCCCUAUCAGUUCGGGCUGUCCACCUCCCGAAGAUUGCAGUCUUUAUUACAUAAAUAGGGAUACUCUUUUCUGUUAUCAUAAAGCUUCAGAGGCAUUUUUACAGAGAUUAGUAGCGCUGUAUGUUGCGUCCCAUUACAAGAACACACCAAACGAUCUUCAGAUGAUGUCGGACGCCCCCGCUCAUCAUUUGUUCUGUUUGUUGGGGCCAACCGACCCGAACAGCAAGAAAUUGCCGGAAAUUUUGGUCGUUAUACAGGUGUGCUUAGAAGGGGAGAUAUCGGAAAGGUCGGUGAAGGAAACCUUGAGUAGAGGCAAAAAAGCCGCAGGAGACUUGAUUCCUUGGACGAUAACCCAACAAUUCGGCGAGCCUGAUUUCGCGAAACUUUCCGGAGCCAGGAUAGUCAGAAUUGCAACGCAUCCCGAUUACCAAGGCAUGGGCUACGGGGCCAGGGCGUUAUUCUUACUGCAGCAGUAUUACGAGUUCAAGAUACCCAGCAUCGAAGAAAACGCCAUGGAAGUGCAGGAAGAAAUCGAGAACGUAGAGCCUGAAGAUGUCGAUUUACUGGAAGAACACAUCGAACCGCGGAAAAAACUCCCCCCUCUACUUUUGAUGUUGAGCGAGAGGGCGCCAGAAAGAUUGGAUUACAUUGGCGUUUCGUUUGGUCUUACGGAACCCCUCCUGAAAUUUUGGAAAAGGGCUGGUUAUGUGCCGGUGUAUCUCAGACAAACAACAAACGACAUAACUGCUGAACACACUUGUAUUAUGCUGAAUGUUAUCAAUUCGACCGAAAACAUAGAGGAUCACUGGUUGACGAGCUUCUGGAUUGAUUUCAGAGAAGGAUUCAUCGACUUACUGUCUUAUCAGUUCAGCAAGUUCAUGCCCAGUUUGGCACUAUCGGUGCUUCUCAACAAAUCCAGGAAGGUCCCAAGAAAAACUCUGACCAAAGAGGAACUAGAUAUGCAACUAUCGAGCUUCGACUUGAAACGAUUAGAAAUGUACAGCAACAAUCUCGUCGAUUAUCAUUUGAUAAUUCGUCUGAUGCCGAGAAUAGCGAGGAUGUUUUUCUUGAAUAAAAUGGGAGAUGUGGAUAUGUCGGCUGUUCAGUCAGCCAUUUUACUAGGAGUAGGUCUUCAACAUAAGACUUUCGAGCAGUUGGAAAAGGAGUUGGACUUGCCAGUUUCGCAGCUGUUGGGUCUGUUCAAUAGGUCGGUUAGGAGGGUGAUGAAAUACUUCAACGAGAUUUUGGAGAGGGAAAUUGAAAAAAGUUUGGUUACUGGGACAGAUAUUGUCAUGACUCCAUUGGCGCAGAGCAUGAAUGAGGAACUUGAAGAGGCUGCAAAAGAACUGCAGAAGAAACAGAAGAAAGAACUUGCGAAGCUGAAGAAGGAGGAUUGGUCAAAGUAUGCUAUCAAGGGAUCAGAAGAAGAAUGGGGGAAAGCAUUUUCUUCCAAAGGAUCCAAGUCUCUAGUCACAGUGAAAACUGGAGAAAAACGAUUACAUCAGAAACCUGCUGAGGAAGUUGAGGUAGACAUUGAAAAACAAAUGAGAAAAAAGAAGAAAAAAGUUAAAGUACCCUCCAUGUAAAUAUACAAAAAAUAAAGUUUUGUUAAAAAACUCCGUCUAUCAUUUCAUA